AUGAGAGCCUCUCACGAACUCGACAAGGAAGGACACGCUGCCAUGCACAAAGAACUUGCCCACGAGACAGCUCAGGAAGUGGCCGCCCGUGGUGUCGCGGCUACCGACCAAUAUGGCAACUCUCUUCUUCAGUUCGAUGCUAAGGCUGAGGCUAAGCUGCGUACGAAGAUUGACUUCAUGGUGAUUCCUACCGUCAUGGUGCUAUAUCUCUUUUGCUUCAUCGAUCGAGCCAACAUCGGUAACGCUAAGAUUGCGCACUUAGAGAAGGAUCUGGGUCUUACCGGCUAUGACUACAAUGCUGUACUCUCUGUUUUCUAUAUCAGCUACAUCAUCUUCGAGAUUCCUUCGAAUAUGGCUUGCAAGUGGAUUGGACCCGGAUGGUUCAUUCCUGGUAUCUCCCUUGCAUUCGGACUCUGCUCCAUUGCCACUGCUUACGUCCACAAUUUCAGCCAGAUGUGUGCUGUUCGAUUCGUACUUGGCAUCUUUGAGGCAGGCAUGCUGCCUGGAAUUGCCUACUACCUCUCUCGUUGGUACAGACGCUCAGAGCUAGCUUUCCGUCUAGCUCUCUACGUGGUAGCUGCGCCUUUAGCUGGAGCUUUUGGUGGUCUCUUAGCUUCUGCCAUCUUGAGACUCGAUAGCUUUGCUGGUCUCCAUGCUUGGAGGAUGAUCUUCGCUAUUGAGGGUAUCGUCACUGUGUGUCUCUCGCUCAUCGGUUUCUUCACCCUCACAGACAGGCCUGCGACCGCCAGAUGGCUUUCACAGGAGGAGAAGGACUUGGCAAUCUCUCGUGUCAAGUCUGAGAGAGUCGGAGCAACCGAGGUCCUUGACAAGUUCGACCGCAAGAAGAUCUUCAAGGGAAUCUUCUCACCUGUCACUCUGGGCACUGCAGCAAUUUUCAUGCUCAACAACGUCACUGUCCAAGGCCUCGCCUUCUUCGCACCUACUAUCGUUCGCACGAUCUACCCUCACAACACUGUUGUCAGCCAACAGCUUCACACUGUUCCUCCUUAUGUGGUUGGUGGCUUCUUCUGUCUUUUGUUCCCUUAUAUCAGUUGGAAGACUGAUCGUCGUCUUCUCAUCUUGAUCUGCUCGGCUCCUCUAGUGAUGGUUGGAUACAUCAUGUUCCUAGCAAGUGAGGCACCCAUGGUCCGCUACGGCGCAACCUUCAUCAUCGCCUCUGGCGCCUUUGCAUUCGGCUCUCUCUGUAACGCCCAAGUCAGUGCAAACGUAGUCUCCGAUACAGCACGCAGUUCAGCCAUCGGAACCAACGUCAUGUUCGGCAAUAUCGGAGGCCUGAUCGCUACUUGGUCAUUCCUUCCCUUUGACGGACCUAACUACCACAUUGGUAACGGUCUGAAUUUGGGAACGUCCACCACUAUGCUGUGUCUCUGUAUCGCACUCUUGUUCUGGAUGAAGAGAGAUAACAAGGUCAGAGAGAGCAGAGAUGUUGACCAGGAGUUGGCCGGUACUACUCUGCUUGAGCAGCAGGAUAUGGAUUGGAAGCACCCCAGUUGGAGAUGGAGACCUUGA